AAUGAACAUGGCAUCUACCUUAUCUGCCUAUGAGAUUGGAGAAGGCUUUCCUGUUCUGCUUGUUCAUGGAUGGGAAGCGGAAGGAAAAGUUGAAGAGCUAGAUUUUGAGCCAAUUUUUGUUAAAGUGCCGGGACUUCUCCGUAUUUACGUGGAUCUUCCUGGUAUGGGCGCGACAGCUGCCGAUAAUGUCAAAAAUCUCGACGAUAUAUACCUCCGCCUGGCCAAUUUCAUUGACUCUCGGCUGCAGAAGUCAAGAUUCGCACUUAUUGGUUCAUCAUUGGGCGGAUACCUUGCACGCGCUAUAGCUCAAAAAUAUCGCGAUCAAGUCGAUGGCUUACUACUCCGAGUACCGGUUAUUGAGCCCGAGAAUAGCAAACGAAAUCUUGAUCCUUACAGUCCAUUGGUAGAAAACAAGGAGCUCAUGUUGAAUUUGUCAACGGAAGACAAAAGCCUUCUUGGAAAUGUCCUUGUUCAAACGCCUGAUUACGUCCAAACCCUGAAGGCAAAAGUUGACAAGGUUUACCUUCCGGCAGAGAGAGCCACUGAUAAAAAGGCUUUGGACCCGAUUCGAUACGAUCCGCAGCGAUAUCGCUUAUCCAUUCCUUUUAUUGAUGAAAAUAUCAAGUUCUUGGCGCCCACACUUAUUAUUUGCGGUCGGCAAGACGAAGUCGUGGGUUACCGAGAUAGCCUUCGUCUCCUGGAGCUUUACCCUAGAUCAACGUUUGCGGUUCUGGAUCGUGGCACUCAUGGCCUUCCUAUCGAUGAGACUGGUGUUUUUGAAGCGCUUGUUCGCGAUUGGAUAUUCCGGGUCAAUGAAUGGCGAGGUCGCACAGAAAAUUGAGAGCCAUUAAGAACUUGCGUGAGCUUUCAGCUAUGCGCAGGUUAAACAGCCUUGUCAACUUCGUACAUGUACGUGCAAAUGAUCAAACAUCUUACGGGAUAUUCAAGUUUUGCAAUGAAGGGAAGAGGGUAAAGCAGUAGAAUUCCGAUUCGAGAUAGUUCUAUCUGGUAUAGGGUAGUGUAUAUAGCAUGGCUCUAGAUCCUCUGUUAUACACGCCGCCGCUUCACAGACAAUGUUCGAUGAGACAGGGAGGAAAAGAACCACAUGAAAGGGUUCAGAAAAUAGAAGAAUAUGAUCAAUUUUAUUAACAACCGGGUAUUUGGUACCGGAAGGAGAAGAUGAUUCAUUACGCAAUUAUAAAUAGAACUACUUAUAAGCAAAUAGCUUUUCUAUUAAAGAACAUUACUAGGUAGUUAUAUAUUGUUUUGUGUUUUG